AUGUUCGUGUGUGUGUCGGUGGGCGUCACCAGUGUGCUGCUGAUUGCGGAUGGAACAGCUUGCUUGCUGAACGUGGAGAACGCGUGCCUACUGACACCAUCUAGCAGCAUUGUGACGCUCAUCAUUGGCGUGUCGUUACUGGUGCCGGUCAUUGGCUGUCUGUAUGCUGCGAAGACUGACAGCAACGACACUACUGACAAACUGGAACAAAGUCACUCGCUGCAAGUUGAUGCCUGGUUCGGUGUGAAGACGCAACGGUUGGCUGACUGGUAUCAAUUGUGA